AUGAUCUUGAGCAAGAUUGACUCUAAGUUGAAUGGUCUAUUAGCUGAGGUCUCUUUUGAAGAGGAUUUCUCUGGUAAAAUUGGUCAAUCGAUUGUUCUUAGAAUUAAAGGACUUGGAUCAAAGAGGGCUGUUUUGAUUGGUCUUGGACAGUCACCUUCAACUACUGUGUUGUUCAAGGGUUUCAAUGAGGCUGUUGUUGUCGCUGCUAAGUCUGCUCAGGCUAGCAAUGUUGCCAUUGUUCUUGCUUCUUCUGAAGGACUUUCUUCAGAAUCGAAGCUUAGUACUACAUUUGCAAUUUCAUAUGGAGUUGUAUUGGGAUUAUUUGAAGAUCAUAGAUAUAGGUUGGAAUCAAAGAAAUCAACACUUAGAUCCAUUGGAAUUAUUGGUCUUGGAACUGGACCUGAAUUGGAGAAAAAGCUCAAGUAUGCUGAAGAUGUUUCUUCUGGAAUAAUUUUUGGAAGGGAGCUUGUAAAUUUUCCUGCUAAUGUUCUCACUCCAGAAGAAGCAUCUAAGGUUACUUCCACCUAUAAUGAUGUUUUCACCGCCAAAAUAUUAGAUGUUGAACAAUGUAAGGAGUUAAAAAUGGUGUCCUAUAUGGGUGUUGUUGUAGCCUCAACAAAUCCUCCUCAUUUUAUCCAUAUUUGUUACAAACCUCCAAGUGGUCCUGUCAAUGUCAAGCUGGCUUUGGUCGGAAAAGGUUUGACUUUUGAUAGGUAA